CUCCCCUGCGCUUCAGCCUCAGUGCGGAAUCCUUGGCGGCGUGAGGUGAAGCGGCGGCGGGCAGCCUCCUGAGCAGCAGCAGAGGCUGCGGGAACCGGAGUCCAAACCACACCCACGUCGCUGCUCCUAUCCACUUCUGCCCUCUCGGUGUCCCACCGGAGACUGCGUUUCCAGAGGAGAGCGGCCGCCCACGCCCCGAGCAUCCUCCCUAGUCUAGCGGGCGCUGACAGACCCGGCGGCAUGAUGCGACUGCGAGGCUCGGCGAUGCUGCGGGACCUGUUCCUGCGGCCUCCCGCCGCUUCCUGCGCAGCUCUGAGGCGGGCACAGCCCCUCGUCACACUGUGCCGGCGUCCCCGAGGCGGGGGACAGGGGGCCGCGGGCCCAGCGGCCGCCGCGCGGCUUUACCCGUGGUGGGGCGGGGGCGGCCGGCCGGCGGGGCCCCUCGCGCGGGGACUGUCUAGCUCCCCUUCGGAGAUCCUGCAGGAGCUGGGCAAGGGGGGCGCGCAGCAGCAGCAGCAGCAGUCUGGGACGUCGCCGCCCGCGGCCCCAUCGGCUCCCAGCCCCAAGGACGGCCCCGGGGAGACGGAUGCGUUCGGCAACAGUGAGGGCAAGGAGCUGGUGGCCUCGGGCGAAAAUAAAAUAAAACAGGGUCUGUUACCUAGCUUGGAAGAUUUGCUGUUCUAUACAAUUGCAGAAGGACAAGAGAAAAUACCUGUUCAUAAAUUUAUUACAGCACUCAAAUCUACAGGAUUGCGAACGUCUGAUCCCAGGUUGAAAGAGUGUAUGGAUAUGUUAAGAUUAACUCUUCAAACAACAUCAGAUGGUGUCAUGCUAGACAAAGAUCUUUUUAAAAAAUGUGUUCAAAGCAACAUUGUUUUGUUGACACAAGCCUUUAGAAGAAAGUUUGUCAUUCCUGACUUUAUGUCUUUUACCUCUCACAUUGAUGAGUUAUUUGAAAGUGCUAAAAAGCAGUCUGGAGGAAAGGUUGCGGAUUAUAUUCCUCAGCUAGCCAAGUUCAGUCCUGAUUUGUGGGGUGUGUCUGUGUGUACCGUAGAUGGACAGAGGCAUUCUAUUGGAGAUACCAAAGUUCCAUUUUGUCUUCAGUCCUGUGUAAAACCUUUGAAAUAUGCAAUUGCUGUUAAUGACCUUGGAACAGAAUAUGUGCAUCGAUAUGUUGGGAAAGAGCCAAGUGGAUUAAGAUUCAACAAACUGUUUUUAAAUGAAGAUGAUAAGCCACACAAUCCUAUGGUAAAUGCUGGAGCAAUUGUUGUGACUUCAUUAAUAAAGCAAGGAGUGAAUAAUGCUGAAAAAUUUGACUAUGUGAUGCAGUUUUUGAAUAAGAUGGCUGGCAAUGAAUACGUUGGAUUCAGUAAUGCAACGUUUCAGUCUGAAAGAGAAAGUGGAGAUCGAAAUUUUGCAAUAGGAUAUUACCUAAAAGAAAAAAAGUGUUUUCCAGAAGGCACAGACAUGGUUGGUAUAUUAGACUUCUAUUUCCAGCUAUGCUCCAUUGAAGUAACAUGUGAAUCAGCCAGUGUGAUGGCUGCAACACUGGCUAAUGGUGGUUUCUGUCCAAUUACUGGUGAGAGAGUACUGAGCCCUGAAGCAGUUCGAAAUACACUGAGUUUGAUGCAUUCCUGUGGCAUGUAUGAUUUCUCCGGGCAGUUUGCUUUCCAUGUUGGUCUUCCUGCAAAAUCUGGAGUUGCUGGGGGCAUUCUUUUAGUUGUCCCUAAUGUCAUGGGCAUGAUGUGCUGGUCUCCUCCUCUGGACAAGAUGGGCAACAGUGUUAAGGGAAUUCACUUCUGUCAUGAUCUUGUUUCUCUCUGUAAUUUCCAUAACUAUGAUAAUUUGAGACACUUUGCAAAAAAACUUGAUCCUCGAAGAGAAGGUGGUGAUCAAAGGCAUUCCUUUGGACCAUUGGACUAUGAAAGUCUCCAACAAGAACUUGCUUUAAAAGAGACAGUAUGGAAAAAAGUGUCACCUGAGUCAAAUGAGGACAUCUCUACAACUGUAGUAUAUAGAAUGGAAAGUCUGGGAGAGAAAAGCUAAAGAAAUGGGUUCUAGUUUCAGAAUGUUCUUCAUUUACUCUUUCAACCAUCUUUAGCUUUUUUGCAUACUAUAAAUAUUUAUUUGAGUUUUUUGUGUUUUCAACCUUGGGUGCUGGAGCCAUAAAGCUUUUUUUUCCUUUUAAUCUUUGUAUAAAGAUAAUAGAUUAAAAAGUGGAUUUGUUGGUCUUUAAAAAAGUAUUUAUACAUAAGUAAAGCAAAUUUGCUUUAUUUUUAAAGACGCAAAAAGGAAAAAAUUCCUUUAAAUUUUUUCAUGGUGUAAUUAAAAUUUUAACUUAAUCUCCAUUUUAAAAUGGUAACAGAAAUGUCAUUUUUGGUUCUAAAACCCACACAUUGAACUCAUAAGUUUCAUUGCAUUUUUUUUCUUUCCCAGUUUUAAAACUGACAUGAUGUCUGUAGGGGCAAUAGAAAGUCAUCUCUAUGCUAAAUACAAUGAAAAGGCAAAAUUAAUGAAUCCCAAAUUACUUAAUACAGUGAUAGAUUAUAAAAUCAGCUUAAGUUUAUAUUUUAUGCCAUUUUUAGUGAUAAUUUGCUUUAAAUUUUAAAAAUUCAUUUUAAAUUUUAUCAAACACUUUAAAAUAUAAAUCAUGUCUUUGCUUUUUUACUUUGCAACUUCUCUGUGUUCUGUCAAAAUUGUCAUGUACAGGAGUGUCUUAUGUUACUAAAACAUUCCAGCCAAAGAAUUUCAGAAGUAGGAUAAUGACAUGUUUCACUGUUAAAAAGCUAUAAUGGUUACUCAGAAGGAGCAACAGUGAGUGUCUUCAAGUGAAAUGUUUACCUGAACAAUUUUAUUUUCGUAUUAUUCACGUUACUUUUUCUAUGUUAUAUUUAAGUGUGAAUGGUGAAUCUUGGGUUUUAGUUUUUAAUAUUUUUAUUAUCGUAAUAAUUCCACAAAUGCUAAUGAAUCUUUUAUGAUAAAUUAUAAUAACAUCUCAUAGAGUUUGUUUUAUUUGAACUCUAAUUUUAGAGUACUUAGGAAAUGAAUUCAGUCUGAUAGUAGUAAGUAUGCUACUAAAAUGUGUUAGAUCUGAAUCCUUUUGUUUGGUUAUAAAAAUGCAAUAUUGAGAAUCAAAACUUGUUUUUAAAAGAAGGACUAUUUUGGAUAAUUUACAAUGUUUAAAGUCUGUCUUGGCAAAGUGAUUGUAAAAUUCUGUAGGACCUAUUCACACUUCUUCCUUCUUCCAAAUAACUCUUCAGUUUUCCCCACAAUUCCCCAUAGCCACAAGGUGUUUUUUGUUUUGUUUCGUUUUAUUCAUUUUUAAAGUUGUAGAUUUUGGAGGGGCAGAGGUGGGGUCUGGGGUCUAGAAGGAGACUUGGUAGUUUUUUAGUGUCAUGGCAUAUGUGGUAGGUCACAUCUGUAAAAGUAACUCUAGUAAAAAAGAUUUCACUGAGUAAUUUCGAUAAUAGCGCAAUUAUAGAUACAGAAAACCUGAUCAAAUGAUGUCUCAAGCUUCGGAACUGUGAUAUUAGAAAAAGAAGUUCCCUUCCAAAGGUGUUGGUCAAAAGCUUUUUGGGCUAACUUAUAUAUUUAAAUAAUUAUGUGUUAGGUUUUGGAAGAUUUACCAAGGAGUUUAUUGUUACUUAAAUAUUUCUCUAAUGUACAAAUGCAAAUCUAAGUGGAUACUUCUACUUUGGCCAUUUUCCGGGGGCGGAUGGUAGGGGGGAGUGGUUUUUUUGAAAGCCUCACCUCUGCAACAACUUUAAACAGUAUCAUUUGUAUUAUUAGUUCCACCAAAGCCAUUUGCAGUUUGGGGAACUGAAUGUCUUAAUUGAUAGAUUGGAAAAAAGGCUUUAUUUUUUUCCCUGUGCUCUAAAUUGUUAUGUUUUACUAUUUCAUUUGGAGAUUGGUUUUACUUUAUAAAAUGAAAAUUCAAUUUUUCCUAUUGUGUCCUAUGUAUAGAUUUCAAAAUUAUGUUGUUAAUUUGUAGCUGACUGUAUUGUAGCUAAUCUUAUUAAGGAUGAGCAUCCAGAAAUUUUUGUAGGAAGGUAUAUAAAUGGAAGAAGAGGGAAGAUACUGUGAAUAGGCCCCUAUACUUUACUUUAAAAAAAAAAAAAAAGGAAAAUCUUUGCCAGAUUUAAGAACAUUCUUUAAAUUGAUUCCUUCAGUAUUUUUAAUACCUUUUCAAAUAAAGUUCUUGAAAAGUACCCAGUAUUGUGGAUUUAAUGUUUCAUGCCAUUACUGAUUCUUGAUAUUCAAGCAUUUAGAAGUUAGCACAUUUGUUUUCCUUUUUUUUUCAUUAUUAACAUUUCGUUUGAAAUGCAUAUCCUUCCUGAAAUACUUUAUUUUUAGCAUAAAUGUUGUGCAUUUUAUCUUAGUGUUUGGAUUAAAACAUUUGUGUUAUUUAGCUUUUCUUUUAUUUGCUUUGUAUAUUUAAUAAUGUACCUUUUAUUUUCCAGUAUGCCUACUUUUUGUAUUGUACAAUAAAUUUAUUUUAAGCUGAUUUUAUUGUUUUUUUUUUUUUGAUGAAAGGAACUCUAGCAUUUUAAGUACAACAAAUAGUUGGAAUUUUAACUUCAAAAUAGUAAAUCUUUAUGAAGAUACUAUUAAAAUGCUUUAGAUUUUUACUUCUGAGGCUAUUGUGAAGACAUACUAGAAAUACUCUCCAAAGGGCUUCAUUUGAUUUUUUUUUUUUAACAAAGUAUAGAGUCGGUGGGCUUUUUGAGGGAGAGUACAUUUAACAACUUAAAAAAGAAAAAAAUCUACCCUAUUUGCUGGUUUCCUGGUUCAGCUUUCUGAGGAAGAGUAUCGCUGGUGUUACUCACUGUGUCACUGUUUUAUACGUUGUGUAGGGUAGGAAAACAUUGCUGAAUCAGAUGAAGAGUAUCGUAAUAUUACUUUAGAAUUGUGAAUCACAGAAUUUAUAUUAAAUGGAAUAACUAUACUACAGAAAUUCACCUUAUUUACUUUUUAAGGAAUUUAGUCUUCAGAAGGAACUUUAUAUUUCCACAGCAUAGUCCAAAGUCUAAUGAGGCUCCAUGCAUUGUCAGACAUAAACAGUACAGUUGACUCCUAACACAGGUUUGAACUGCAUGGCUCCACUUAUGUAACUUAGUAAAUUAUAGUACAGUACUAUAAUUUAUUUUAUCUUCCUUAUGAUUUUCUUAAUAACAUUUUCUUUUCUCCAGCUUACUAUGUAACAUACAAAAUGUUUUACUGAACUGUUUAUGUUCUUGGUAAGGCUUCUCGUCAGCAUCAGCUAUUAGUAGUUAAAUUUGGGGGGGGGGGGAGUCAAAAGUUCUAUGCAGAUUUUCAACCACAUGGGGGCCAGUAUUCCUAAGCCCUCCCACAUUGUUUAAGGUCAGCUUUACUUUAAGUUUAAAUUUUACUGUUUGAUCAGAUACAUCAUUUGUAUCCAGAGAAGUCGUCCCAAAUAUAUUGUAGACUUUUAAAACUAUUUGAAGGGGAAAUACCAUUGUUUAUAGGAUUUUGUAUUUAUCUAAAUGGGAUUUUUUUUUUUAUAAAGUUCUUUUGGGACUAGGAAAUAAGUUCAUGUGUCAUGAUAUAUUCAGUAUGUAAUUGAUUUAUGAUUGCUUACUUUUAAAGACACACUUGGAUUUUUUUUUUGCUUUUAAUCCAUUUGAAGCAAAGGGAGAGGUGGCUCAGCUUGGUCGUCUUGGCCUGACAGUGUCAAGUUUUGUAGGCAUGUAUGUAUGUGAGAAGAAACACUGAUGUAUACUGAUAUGUCAGUCUAUACCCUGAUAAUUUAUAUACAUGUGUGUGUUAUAUACAUAUGUGUUUGUGAGUAUAUCUGUCUAUCCAGAUAGCCAUUUUUGCUGUCCCAGAAUUUAUAAAAUAUAACAUGUUUUACUUACUCAGUUUGACUCUGAAGAUUUGUGGUUUCUUUUGUUGUGCCCAUUCACUACCUGCACUGUCAGGGUAAGAGAGUAACAAUAUUGGAGAACUUCAUAAAAGGGAAAGCAAGAAUAUCAAAUUUCAUAUGGAAAUUGACUUUAAAGCAGUCUCCAAAAUUUAUUAAAUGGGAGGAUUAUAUUCAACUUAAAUAAUGUACUUCUCAUUUUGAACAGUUUAUGGAAUAGUUUUAUUCCAAAAAUUGUACAUAAUUAUUAAGAAUGUGUUUUACUAUUCAUUUUGUGGAAAUUUUGGUUUUUAACCAAUCUUGAAAAUGCUAGAAUGUAAUUUAAAGAAAAAAGUAACAUAAUUUCUGCUCAAUUCCUUUACUGCUUUAUAUUAAAUGCAGUAUUUACAUUGUAUGAUAACACCAAAACCAAACAUUAGAGAUAUAGCCACCGCCUGGGUGGCUCAGUUGGUUAAGUGUCUGACUUUGGCACAGGUCAUGAUCUCACAGCCCAUGGGUUCAAGCCCCACGUCCGGCUCUGUGCUAACAGCUCAGAUCCUGGAGCCUGCUUCAGAUUCUGUGUCUCCCUCUCUCUCUGCGCCUCCCCCGUUCAUGCUCUGUCUCACUUUCUCUCAAAAAUAAACAUUUUAAAAAAGGCGAAAAUAAACAGGAAGAUAUAUUCAAGUGUAUCAAGUUCAACUACUUUUUUCUUUUAUCUCAAAUUAUAACAUACUUAAAACAUUUGUUUCUUACACUACAUAGAAAUGGAAGGAAUUUAGUUGGACUAGGAGACGUUCUCUUAUCCUUCUUCUCCCUUCUCCUGCCAAAGUAGUUUAUUGAAGUGAAUACCACACAGACUUGAAGAAACUUAGAGUUAUAGUCUGUUUUAGUUUAGUUUUUAAAACUAAAUUAUAAGCAUCUAGAACAAAAGUUCUCCAACAUAAAACAUUUGGCAAACUUGAUGUUUUUUAGACUCCUUAACUUCUUAAAUAGUAAUAGAAAAGGUACUUACUUUUUAGAUGUUUAGACUGAUCAUAAAUCGUUAUUUUUAAUGAAAUGGUUCUCUUGUACUGUGGUUUUAAAAUGUUCUUUAUUAUUUUAUAUUUUGAUAUAUGAAAGGUUAUUAUAAGGUUGACUUUUAAUUUACCAUAUGUUUUGUAGAUUAUAGAUCCACUUUAGUGAUUUUUAUACGUUGCACCUGUAGAGACUUUUAAGAUGUGCAAAAUGUGUAAAGCCUAUGUUGAUUAAAUUUUUAUUAUGGCUUUCCAGUCAAUUACAUUCACCUUUAACUGAAAUGAGUAAGAUGUAAAUUAGCAUUUGAGUGCAUUACUUUUUUUUGGUGGUGUCUGUGGUAGUUUUUGGUAAAUUCCAAAUCUUUUUUAUUGAGAACUGUUAUGUAUUAAGUAAACUUAAAAAAAUUAUGAUUCUUGGUGCCAAAUGCUGUGAUGAGCCUCAGGAUACAGACUCCUAGGAAAGAGGAAUGAGAUGACACAUUUGGGCAGUUGAUCUCAUAACACCAUUGUUAGACCUUGAACUCUAAAUCUCAGUUACUAUCAGAAAUACUUUAGUUAAAUCUCGAUGAAGAACAACUUGGCUUGCUUAUUUAUUUAUUUAAUUAAUUUAUUUAUAUGUAUUUUCAGAGAGAGCGUGAGCAGAGGAGGGUCAGAGAGAGAGAAUCCGAGCCAGACAAAGGGCUUGAUCUCACAAACCGUGAGAUUAUGUAUGUAUGACCUGAGCUGAAAUCAGGAGUGGGACACUUAACCCCCUGAGCCACCCAGGCACCCCAUGGUAUAUUUAUUCUUAAGCCAAAUUUUAAUACCUGAGGACAUGAGUCUUCUGGACAUAGUAUUAUUAAAACUAAUGAUUUUUUUCAUUAAGUAUUUACCUUGCUGAAAUACCUCAGAUGAUUGAAAUUAUCUAUCUGGAAGGCCUAGGUUUUAUUUUUUUUAAUGUUUAUUUUUGAGAGAAGCACACGUGUGCACGUGAGCAGGGGAGGGGCAGAGAGAGAGGGAGAUCUAGGAUCUGAAGUGGGCUCUGUGCUCAGAGCAGAGAGCCCAAUGAGGUGCUCAAACUCCCGGAACUCACAAACCUCGAGAUCAUGACCUGAGCCGAAGUUGGAUGCUUAACCCACCGAGCCACCCAAGCAGGCGCCCCGGAAGGCUUAGCUUUUAAAAGGAAGUGUUCUUACCUGAAAUAGAUUUGUUUCCAUAUUACACGUCUGGCAAUUUUUGUUUAUAUAAUGAAAAUCUCUCUGGUCAGUUCCACUUGGAACCCUCACUUACGAUUUUAGUUCAUAUUCUGUAAACAGCUAAAGAAUUUGUUUUAUUUUUAAAACAUAGCUCAACCUUUCUAGGUCUUUGUUCUUUCAUUUACCAUAAUCUUAUAAUUUAUUAGAAUCCCAUAAUUGAGAUUGAAAGCUAUCUUAGAGUUUAUGUGGUGCAAACUCCCGCUUCAGCCAACCUCCUUUCCAGGUUUCUUACCACCUUGCUUCCUCAGUUAACACAUGUACAAUAUUUUUUUCUCUUUUUUGAUGGAAUUGUUCUAUUGUGUGUUUUGUUACAUCUUUUGUUUGUUGGUUAUUUGUGAUGAAAAGCAUAAUUGUCAGUAGUUAAUACAACUCUUAAGUUAUUUGGCAAACAUUGUUACAUCAAUGUUUAGUAAAAACUACUUUAUUGUAUUUCUCUAGUAAAGAGUCUUACGCCACAACUUAUAAAGACUGGAAAAAUUAAGAAGUGAAUGCUACAAUUAUACAGUAGUUCUAAAAAUAAGAAAUUAUCCUGGAACCUUUGAAAGAAAGUAUAGGAAAAAUGUGACUGGAAAAAUAAAUGUUGCGCCAUUUGCUUUUAAAAUAAAUUCCUUUGGAGUUAGGUUAAAUAUUGAAAGUAAAAAGGUUAAAAAAACAAAAGGCUAUUGGAGUUCUAAAGAAAUGUUUUCUAAAAGAAAAAAAAUUUUUUUCAAGUCAGCUUUUCCCAGCACAUACUAUGCAAAAUAUCUACCUUCCUUUGUUUUUAUUUUGCAUAUUUGGAUCUCUAGGUGGCUUCAGAACAAGAGUUUAUUACUCUAUCAUGUAUGUUGUCCUUAGUACCAAUCUCCAUUUCAUAGUUCUGGGAUUUAUUUUUUAUUUAUGAAGGAAAUUUAUAUUGCUGUUCUUGAGAAAUGUUACUUUUUAAACGCCUUUGUUGACUUAGAAAUGUUACAACUUAAAUAUUGUUAUUCCAAAAAACAGUACGGGUUUCUUCUCAAAAUUUAAACUUGCCUAUUAUAUAGCUCUUUUCCCCCUAAGUUUAUAUAGAUGAGAAGCUGAACUUUAGGAUACUGGCUCUUACUCAGUAUAAACUCUGUUUUCACAUUGUACUUACUAAAAUUAGAAUGAUGCUGAAAUAUUAGCAUCAAUUAUGCUAGUAUAACUAUUCACAUUUGGAUCAUUCCAUUGUAAAAUUCAAAUUGAAAUCUUCAGCCUUUUGUUCAUCUUUUCUUUAUAAUUACUAGUUUUCAUUAUUUUGUAUGUGCCUUUCACAAAUCAUCACUAAGGAACAAUUACAGAUUAUCCUUUGAGGGGAUAACAUAAUACUUGUCUUGACUUUGUUUCAUUAGAUGAGAUUAAUUGUGUUGUGUAAAACCAUGGUAUAAAUUAUUGACUCCAUCCAUACUUUGUUGUUUUGUUCUUUCUCACAGUCACUCAUGAUUAAAGAUCCUAAUUGAAAAAUUCAGACUAUGUUAAUUUCAAGUAUUCUUUCUUUUUCCAACUUUUCCAAUAAUAACUCAUUUUUGGCUGAAAAUGAGGUAACUUAAAAAAUAUAUGAAAGUUACUCAUAAAGUGUGUUUUCAUUUUCAAGCGUUUGUAUUGCUGAUAUGUUCAUUUCCAAGUCUUAAUAUUGUUGACAUUUACCAUUCUAGAGUUAUUUUCUUUAAAAAGUUAAAAAAACAUGAGUGUUAAUUCAGACUUUUUUCAUUAUAAUAAAAGUUUAUUGUUAAUCAUUAUUUUACCUUCAGCUUUCAAUACAUGUGUCUGUGGGUCUAGGUCUGCACAAGAGUUAUAAUAUAAAUAAAGGAAUGAACUAAAUAAUAUUGUUUCUACUUUGAAUUAAAAUGAAUGCUACAUUUUUUACACAAUGAAACUUUAUUAACAUCUCUUGAUGAAAUUACAGAACAAGUGAUUUUGUUAAAAUUCUCUGGUGACUAAUAGUAUUAACCCUUUUUAAUCAUACCAAUAAAAUAUUCCUGCCUUAAUGUCUCUUCUUUUUACCUGAAAGAGAAGUUUUAGAGAAUGGUUUUAAGGAGGUGGGAAGUAGAAUUUAACUUUCUAUUUACCCAUUUGUGAAGUGUUUCAGCUAAAACAUGCUAUUACAACAAAACUUAGAGUAUGUAUGUUUUUUUUUUUUUCACCUGAAGGAGAAACAGAGAAAGAAAACUAGUUUGCUGUGUUUUUUAGCCAAGUAAUAAAAACUUGAGAAGCUUUAAUUUUUAUUUUGUCUCUGUUGUGCCAAUUUUAUUUUACAUCCACCAUAUAUGUCUGCCACAGAAUCAGCACUGCUGUUGAUUUGGUAUCCCUUACAUGUUGGGCUUUGUUAUGUAAUGGUCUCAUGUAUUAGUGCAUUUACCUUAUAUUUAGGGGCUCUGGAGAGAGGGCUGUUGCUAUGUUUGCAUAGUGUGUUUUGUAGUUUUUGUUUUGCAAAAAUUCCCAUUCGCUGCCAUUGUGAAUUUUAGAUUUUGGUUUUAGUUAAGAAUUUGGGAUCUUCUGCAAAAGUUCUUAAUAGAGUGAAACUGUGGUUUACUUAGUGCUUUUGGGACUUAAAUAGGAUCAGUGAAUGCUGGGCAGUUGGGUAUAGGAUCUGGAUAGGUAACGUGGUAUACCAUAAGGCAUGAACUUCUGAGGCUUGUUUUCUACCUUAAAAAUUCAUAUAAAUUUUGUUCUGUUUCACCUGUUUUAAUUUUUUUUUUUUAACGUAGUAUUUAUAAGGUCUGUGACUAACCUUUAUCUUCUCCAGAAUUGGAGUAAAAUUGAUUUCAGGAAGAUGUGCCACUCUUACUCAUUCUGACAUAGGAUAGUAAUGGUUAAUCUGUAAACAUUCUUAAUCAUAGGUUUGAAGUGACCAUUUUUACCUAAAAUUGGCAGUAAUUUUAAAAAGAAUGUCUUUCAUCUAUGCCUGCUGCCUGUGCCCAAAGACCUUGGAAGUCUAGAGUUUCUUUCUCAAUCCCUUAUCACAAGAGACUUUGCAGUGUGUAGGCUAAUCGCUAAAUAUACAGUGAUCAGUCCUCAAAGGUGUAGGCCAAAAUUGAGGUAAUCUCAGUUUGCUAAGGCCGUCCAGUUUCCUAACCUAGAGGAUCCUGUGAUUUUCUGUAGUUUGCUUUCAAUGUCCAUAAUUUCAGUCAACUCUAGCAGCAGUGCAUGUCCAAUACACCAUCAGCAGAAACCUGAUAA